UUGUAUUUUUGUAUUCCAGGUGAAGCAGUUAGCGGUAGAAGAGACGAACGAAGGCUAUGUCAUCCACACCUGUUGAACUCCGGGAUGUGCGAGCAGCUGCCCUCAGGAUACAACACUUCCUCCACACCACUCCUGUCCUCACCUCUCACUCUGUGGACGUCCUCGCAGGCAGGCAACUUUUCUUCAAGGCAGAGCAUCUUCAGAAGACAGGCUCCUUUAAGGCCCGAGGGGCUUGUAAUGCGGUGUUUCUUGAAAAGGAACGUAAUCCAGAUAGUGCAGGAGUAGUCACUCACAGCAGUGGUAAUCAUGCCCAAGCUGUUGCAUAUGCUGCAAUGUGUUUAGGCUUGCCAUGCACUGUGGUUGUCCCCAAGGGUACUCCUAAAGUUAAAUGUGAUGCCAUCUGCAGCUAUGGGGCUGAGCUUGUGUUCUGCAACCCCACACCGGUAUCCAGGGUCAAGACAUGUGCCUCAGUAGCAGAAGAAACUGGUAGAACAAUAAUUCAUUCAUCUGACAAUUAUGAUGUGAUAGCCGGACAAGGGACCAUUGCACUAGAACUUUUGAAUGAGGUUCCCGAUCUUGAUGCAAUAGUAGUUCCCACUAGUGGGGGAGGCAUGUUGGCUGGUGUUUCUGUAGCCACACAAAAAAUACAACCAAAGUGUCAGGUGUAUGCUGUAGAGCCAGUUGGUAAGAACCUUCAGAGAUGUCUUGAGGCAAAGCAGCGGCUGUGGUCAGAUCCACCAACCUUCCUCAACACUGUGGCAGACUCCAUGAGGCUGCAGGCAGUUGGUCAUCUAGCAUUCCCCAUCAUCUGUGAGUAUACCAACACCAGAGUCUUCACAGUGACUGAUGAUCAAAUGAUUGAAGGCAUGAAACUUACCUUUGAACGCAUGAAGCAAGUCAUUGAGGCAGCAUCCGGAGCAGGUGUCUAUGCUGCAGUCAAGCUAAUAGGCGAGGUGCAACCAAAGGCACGAAAAGUUGGAGUUAUACUGUGUGGAGGUAAUGUUGACCUGGAUAAACUUCCCUGGGUAAUGCCCAUAACUUCUUACUAAAUGGAGUGGGAAAGUAGGUAACAUGUAAGCAGUCAGCUGCUUUCUGUUUUACUUUGUUAUUUAGCACUGGUCACUGAUGCUUUUGUGACUGCAAACUCACUCAUGCAUGCAUGGCAAGUUUUAUAUUCUGAGCAAAUUCACUCAUACAUUGCAUGGUGAGUUCAUAUUCCAAACAUACUUGCUUGUGCAUUAUCUUUUGUUAAGAUUCAGUUGCAGAAGUAGAAAUUGCUGCAUAGCAGAGUUGGUUCCUUGUACAUAAUUGUUUUACUCUCAGCUCCAGCCACUUCAGCAAAUGUAAUUUACUGCUACAUUGCAUUGUAAACAAAGAUAAAGUACUUCUCUGAAUAAUAAAAGUCACAUUAACAUGGUUGAAACAGUUUGUUAUUACUGUACCCACAGUUUUGAAAGGAAAUUCUAGACAACGUUUGAGUCCAUUCUGGACCACUGCCACAAAUUGACAAUGAUCCAAGAUGGACUGAAGUAAUAUCUAAUGCCUCCUUUCCAAAAUGUGAUGCUUAGUAAUGAAAUGUUCUCUAAAAUAUUGUACUCUGCCUAGACCCUUACAUGAAUUUAUGCAUAUAAUAUAUCCUCUGCUAUGGAUUUAUGAGUUUGUAUUCAUUCUUAAGUUUGCCCUGUUUGGAUUAGGAAAUUACAGAACUACUGAGGGAUCUGAUGUUUCACCUUUGUCAACAAAAUUGAGUGCCUCUUCAGUAUGUGUAUUUUGUCUUUGCCAGUGCUGGAAGAUAUAAUACUGCAUGAAAUGUGAUGAAAGGAGUAGAUUUUAUGAAAAUGAGAGAGAAGGGGGAAGGGAGAUACAGUGGAACCUCAAAAAUCGAACUGCUCCCAACACAACCAAUUAUGUAAGUGUAUUUUUGUAUGUGCUUUUAUAAGUGUAUUUUUGAGGGUCUGAAAUGGACUAACCUAAUUUACAUUAUUCCUCAUGGGAAAUAAAUUCAUUCGGUAAAGGCACUCAAACAGCCUUCUGGACCAAAGAAAGUUCGAUAUUUGAGGUUCCACUGUACAUACGUUGUAUUACUAAAAUAUAAAAUUUAAAGAGUUAACUUUUUAUUGCAUAUUACAAAGCAAUUUUUUACAGAAAAAUUAUAUACUGUGGUAAAUGCAGCAGCGAGGAGACGGUUGGAGGCAAUGGAGAUGUCCUGUCUAAGGGCAAUGUGUGGUGUAAAUAUUAUGCAGAAAAUUCGGAGUGUGGAAAUUAGGAAAAGGUGUGGAGUUAAUAAAAGUAUAAGUCAGAGGGCAGAAGAGGGGUUGUUGAGGUGGUUUGGUCAUUUAGAGAGAAUGGAUCAAAGUAGAAUGACAUGGAAAGCAUAUAGAUCUAUAGGGGAAGGAAGGCGAGGUAGGGGUUGUCCUCGAAAGGGUUGGAGAGAGGGGAUAAAGGAGGUUUUGUGGGCGAGGGGCUGACUUCCAGCAAGCGUGCGUGAUCGUGUUAGAUAGGAGUGAAUGGAGACGAAUGGUAUUUGGGACCUGACGAUCUGUUGGAGUGUGAGCAGGGUAAUAUUUAGUGAAGGGAUUCAGGGAAACCGGUUAUUUUCAUAUAGUCGGACUUGAGUCCUGGAAAUGGGAAGUACAAUGCCUGCACUUUAAAGGAGGGGUUUGGGAUAUUGGCAGUUUGGAGGGAUAUGUUGUGUAUCUUUAUACGUAUAUGCUUCUAAACUGUUGUAUUCUGAGCACCUCUGCAAAAACAGUGAUUAUGUGUGAGUGUGGUGAAAGUGUUGAAUGAUGAUGAAAGCAUUUUCUUUUUGGGGAUUUUCUUUCUUUUUUGGGUCACCCUGCCUCGGUGGAGACGGCCGACUUGUUGAAAAAAAAAAAAUGUCUUUUUGCUAAUGUUGAUCUGAUGUGUUAAUAUUACUGAGCUGUUCUAAAUCCACAGUAAAUGGACAGAAUGGAAUUAGCCAAAUUAUUAACCAGUACCUCUAGAAUGGGCAGGUUUACAAGUUCAAUAUUUUGUUUUGAAAUCUGGAAAGACUUCUUCAUUAAUGUAUGGAAGUAUCUUUUCCCAUAUCCCUUCCCUUCACAAAUAACUCGCACAUAAAAGAGAGAAGCUUAUGACGACGUUUCGGUCCAACUUGGACCAUGGUCCAAGCCAGACCGAAACGUCGUCAUAAGCUUCUCUCUUUUAUGUGCUGGGUUAUUUGUGUAUCGUUCCAGUCACAGUAUUGUGCCUUUUUUUUUGUUAUUCCCUUCCCUUCAGUUUGGUGAAUGCUUUUUUUUUUUUUUUUUUUUCUGUGUAGCUUUUCAAAGUACUGUAUAUAUCAAAGUGGUCAGUAGAUUCAUUCAAACCAAGUGUUAUAAAAAAUGGCAUAUUUUAUCAAACCUGUUUAAAAAUUGUGAGUUAUUUUGGCAACUUGAUAUGUUUUUUUUUUUUUUUUUUUUUUUCAACAAGUCGGCCGUCUCCCACCAAGGCAGGGUGACCCAAAAAAGAAAGAAAAUCCCCAAAAAGAAAAUACUUUCAUCAUCAUUCAACACUUUCACCACACUCACACAUU